AUGGAUUGUUAUUUUUUUGAAGAAGAGUAUGCAUCUAGUUUGAACCAAACAAAUGGAGUAUCAAGAGAAAAUGUAAGUGAGAAAGUUUAUUCAGAAGAUGAUAAAAAUACAUCAUGUUAUGUUAGCUAUUCAUCUCAUAGUGAUGAUAGUUAUUUAGAUGUUGAAUAUGAAAAUGCUCUUAAAUCUAGAGAUAUAGAAAAUAAUAUUAAUGAUAAUAAUAAAAAUAUUGAUAAUUAUAAUUUAGAUUAUUGUAACUUAAAUGAUGUUAUGAUAGAUAAAAAUAUUGAAUGUAUUAAUAAAAAAGAAUUGAAUAGUUUAAAAUUAAAAAAAAAUAUAUUAAAUCGAAGUGGAAAUUAUAAUAAUGAUAUAGUAUCAACAGAAUAUUCAGAUCAUCAUACUUUAUAUAAAAAUUGUUCAGGUACUGAUGAUAAAAAUUAUAGUAAUAAUAACGAUGAUAAAAUUAGUGAUGAUAAGUGUGAUAAAUUUGUUAAUGAUAUGGAUAAUAAUUCAAAUAAUAAUUCAUCUAAUAAUGUGGAUUCUAAAAAUUGUGAGAAUCUCUCAUCUGAUAAUGAUACGUCUAAUUCUUUACAUAAGAAUAAUAAUACCAAUAUUAAUGAAAAAAAAAAUGGAGAGAAGAAAUUCAUAGAAGGCCAUUUUCUGAGUGUUAUUAAUAAGUUUAAAAGAAGUUUAAAAGAAAAUGUUAUUGGAAAAAAAAUAUGGAAUAAUAAUAAUUCGGAUAUUGCUACCAUAGAGUCUCAUACGUUACAAAACGAGGACAAUACCACCGACAAUAAUAAGAAUAAUAAUAAAAGUGAUAAUCAAAAUGUAAAUUUGGAUAAUAAUAAUGAUAAAAAAAAUGAUGAUAUUAAUAAUAUGUGUACAUUCAACAAUCAACAAAAUACAAUAAACAAUCAAACCAAAUUACUAAGUCAUAAAAUAAAUGAUCCAAAUGGUCAAACACAAGUAUCCCUUAAAAAUGCAAAACAAAAAGAGAAGGAAAUAAAAAAUGAGUCCAUGAAAAACACUAUGAAAAAUGUAGUCAAAGAAAAAAGCAAUUACAACAGAGAAGAAAAAGAUAUAACAAAUUCUGAUGGUUAUGAUGAAAAUAGUACAGAUGAAAGUUACCCUUAUAAUCCUAAUUUAACAAGUUCAGAAAAUUCCGAAGAAGAUUGUUAUGAACCUUCUUCAGAUGAUAAACCUAGUAAUAAUACUUCUGAUCAUAUCAAUGUAAAUGACAUUAGAAACGAUGUUCCUUCUAAUGACAAUGUUUCAAGUUUGAAUGUGAAAAAUGCAGAAAAUUGUAAUAAGGAAAAAAAGAAAAAGAAAAAAAAAAAGAAAAAAGAACUUAAUAAUGAUAAUAAAGACAAUACAUUAAAUAAUGAAACGAUGAAUGAUAUAAAUAUGAAUAAGAAAAAUGAUGACACUUUUUUUACCAUACAAGAAUCAAAUAAAAAUUGUAAAAAUGAAAAUUUAUUAAUUUUAAUAAAUGAAGACGAAAUGAAAACCCCUAAGUUGAAUGUACCCAAAAUAGAAAUAAUAAAAGAUGAGGAAUCUAAUAAAUUUUUUGAUAAUAAUGUUUUGAAAAAUAAAAAUACAAAUGGUAACGAUAAUGAUAAUGAUAAUGAUGAUAUUGAUUUUAUUAAAAUGAUCAAGGAUAAAAUGAAAAAAAGUAUAUAUAAUAAUAAGGAUAAUAAAUGUAUUUCAAAAAAAAGCAAUAUCAACAAAAUAGAGAACAACAUUAAUAGUAAUGAUAAUAAUGACAUUAAUAUUUUUAGUAAUUUGUCAGAACAAAAUAACUUAAGAAAGGAAAGUAAUAUUUUUGGUGAGUCUUAUGAAGAAAAAAAAGAUGCGAAUAAUACAAUACAUACAACAAAAUGUACAAAAAAAAAAAAAAAUAUAAUGAAUUUAAAUAAAUCUAGUAACAAAAAUAGUAAUUUUUUAUCUCAAGAUACUCUUGAUGGUAUUAAUAAAAAAUAUAAUGUAUUAAGUGAUGAAAAUUUGUUAAAAUUAAUAGCUGAUUGUUCAAAAAACAAAAAUGGAGAGUUUCCUAAUAUGGAUGAUAAGAUUAUUGAAGAUUUUAUAAAUAUGAAAAAAAAUAGUAUACAAAAUGAAAUAAAAAAACAUAUUAUAUAUAUAUGUGGUAAUUGUAGAUUACAAAUGAAAUUAUCUAAGAGUCCUUAUUUAUGUUUUGAAUGUUUUAUUAACGAAAUGAAUGCACGUACAGGUAAAAAUGUACGUAUGGCUGAUGGAACUGAUUUUAAUAUUAAAGAUGUAAAUGUUAUAAAUUCAUACAUUUCUAAUUUUUUUCUUGAAGUAGAUAAAUUAAAAACUAAAUUUGAAAUGGAUGAUGAAGAAAUAACCUUAAUGUUUAGUGAAAUGAGAAAAAGUACCUUAUGGAAUUCAACAAAAAAUAUGUGUAAAUUAUUUUAUGAUAUUUUUCAAAAUGAUAAUAUAGCUGAUAAUAAUAGUAUAUUUUCAUCAAAUAAUAAAACAAUAACAAAUAUGCUUAACCAGAAUUUUGAUAUAAAUAAAGAAGAAUAUAAUCAAAAUGAUGAUGAAAAAAAAUUAAUUAAUAAUAUAAUUAAUAAUGAAACAUUAUCCAUUGAUUAUAAAAAUGAAUUAUUGAAAUUUUAUAAUUUUACAAAGAACAAAAACAAACCUAAAACAAAUAUACAAAUAAAAAAAAUAUACCUUAAGUCUAAAUCGAAAAAAAUGAAAUAUUAUAUGAAUUUGAGAAAAAAAAAAUAUGCUGUUCAUAAAGGUAUAUAUAAAUUAAGAAAUUUUUGUAAAUCUACAUGUAGAAUAAAUAGUUGUAAUUAUUGUAGUUGUAUAUUUGAUAAUACCAAAUAUAGAUUUAUACUUAUAAGUAAAAUGAAAAAAACGAAAAAACUCGUAUAUGAAAAACGUAUAAAAAAUAGUGCCAUUUUAGUAGAAAAAAUGCAUGAUAUUAAGGAAAUUAAAAUAAAACAAAAAGAUACAUUUAUUAAUGAUGAUCAGAAAAACUCUAAAGAUUUGCCCCAAUCAUUUAAUUUAGGAAAUACCAAUAAUUCAAAUAAAGAAAAACCAAAUGUGAAUAAAAAAGGGGAUGUACCAAUAAUAAGUGCAAUUGAUAGUUUUGAUGCAAAUGCAAAUAAGGAAUGUAAUAAAAAUAAUAAUGAUAAAAAUGAUGAUAAAAAAAAUAAUAAAGAUAAUAAAAAAGAUAAUAAAAAGGAUAAUGAUAAAAAUAAUAAUAAUAAAAAUAAUGAUAAUAAUAAUAAUAAUGAUAGUAAUAAUAAUAAUAAUGAUAGUAAUAAUAAUAAUAAUAAUAAUGAUAAUAAUAAUAAUAAUAAUAAUAAUAAUAAUAAUAAUGAUAAAAAACAGAAUGAAGAUAGUACAGAAAGUGAUGAUGAGAGUUCUUUAAUUGAUGAUAAUUAUAUUGAAGAUGAUAGUUAUGACAGUGAUAGUGAAAGUGAUUCAUUAGAUUUUGAUACUUCAUUCAAUAGUGAAAAUUAUGAUGAUGAUAAUAAUUUUCUAUAUAAGAGUGAUAACGAUAAUACUAUUAAUGAUAUAAAGAAUGAUAAAAAUGCAUAUAUUGCAUUAGAUAUAUUUAUGAAAGAUUUUGAUAAAAUAAAUAAGAAUAAAGAAGAAUUAAAUAAUAUAUUACCUAUAAAAAGAUCACUAGAAAGUUAUGUAUUACCAAAUAUAAUAACACAAAAAGUAUUACCUCCAGUUAUUUUACCAUUAAAUAAACAAUUGACAAAUUUAUUUUAUGAAUUGAGAUGUCGAGAUUUUUUUCAUAUUGAUAAGAUUGAUUAUUAUAAAUUAUUUACAAUGCAGAAAAGUAUAUCAAAUAUAUAUAUGAAUAAAUGUUUAAUGAAUAAUGAAGACAUGUCUUUUAAUUCUAUAACAAAUGGAAUAGAAACAUAUAAUUAUACAAAUGAAAAUAUAGUAAUAAAUCAUAAGAAUAACAAUGGAAGAAUAGAAUUAUAUAUACCUAAUUUUUGGAGAAGUAUUAAAAGUGUAAAUGAAAUAAAAUCUCUUACAGGAAAUUAUUAUGAUUUUUAUUACAAAGUUUUAGUACAUCCAAGAGGAAAUUCAAAUGAUGAUAAUUAUAUGUCUGCAUAUUUAGAAGUUAUUAAACAAGAUUUUUAUCCAUCCGAAUGGGUAUUUCCAAAUGUACAUUUUCAAUUAACAGUUCAUAAUUUUAAAAAUAGAAAGAAUUCUAUAUCAUCUGCAUCAUGUUGGUCAUUUACAAAUAAUUCUUUAUCUAGAGGAUGGCAAAAAAUGAUAAGUCAUUCUAAAAUAAAUAAAGUUUCAGGAUUUUUAGAUGAAUCAGGUGGUUUAUUAAUUAAAGGAAAAGUAGAAAUAACAUUUAAACAAUUAUGGUCAAAAAGUGUUCAAUAUAGUCCUAAAUAUAUAUGGAGUUAUAUGCCUGAAAAAUUAUAUGCUCAUUUUAAUCAAGAAGAUCCUCUACUUAACUUUUUAUUCAAAAAAUCGCAUUUUAAAAACAUUUUAUGUAAAAAUGAGAAACAUAAUAAUUACAAUAGUAGAGUUAAUGAUUUGAAAAAAAAUGAUAAUAAGAGAAGCAACAAUUAUUAUAUAAACAAAAGUAGUAAUUAUGAUAAAAAUAAAACUAUUGAUAGGAUGAAGAAGAUUAAUUUUUAUAAAAUGAAUUAUUUAUAUAAUAGAUAUACAUUAGAUAUAUAUAACUAUUCUUUAUAUUGGUCUCCACAACUUGUUAAGAGUUAUUUUAGUAAUGUAGAUCAUAAGAAAAAGUUUAAAAGGUCGUUAGCUAAUAAUACAAAUGAUGUUAUAAAAAAUGAUAUAAAUAAGGAAGAAGAAAAGGUAUUAGAUAUUAUUAGUGAAUCUUAUAGCAAUAUGCAUGUAUAUGACAUGUUGGUUAAAAGGAAGAAUUUAAAUGAAUUGAGAAAAUUGUCUAAAGGGGGUAAUAAUAUAGAAAAGGAUCAAAAAGGAGAUGAAGAUUUAAACGAAGAAGUAAAAGAUGGGAACAAUAAUAAUAAUAAUAUUAACAAUAAUAAUAAUAAUAAUAUUAAUAAUAAUAAUAAUAAUAAUAAUAAUAAUAAUAAUAUUAAUGGUGAAAAUGAAAACGAAGCAGAUGAUAAUGGAGUAAGCGCCACCGAUUAUCUAACCCUAGAUAAUAGAAAACAUGUGUUAACAUUAACAAAUUAUAUAGUUCCUAUUGUAGAAUCAUUUCAUGAUAAUGACAAUUUAACAAUUUUAGUAAAUACAUUAUACAAUAUUGAUCUUUUUAAAAUUAUAGUUUUGAAAUAUAAUGGUAAUUUAUAUAAUAGGAUAUUAAUGAAAUAUAUUAAAAAAAAGAGAAAAGAAAAAAAGUAUAAAUUAGAAUAUGUUAUGAAAAAAUAUGGUAUAGAAAAACAUUUUACAAAAAAUGAAGUAAUACAAAAGAUAAAAGAAUAUAAUGAAAAUAAAAUUGAUAAUUAUGAUGAUUGUAUAAAUUGGAAAAAUAAAAUUAUAGAAAAAUUACAAAUAAUAAGUAAAAAAAUUAAAUAUUUAUUUACUUAUAUGAAUGAUAAAAUUAAUAAUAUGAAUAAUAUCAAUCAUAAAUCAUAUUUCCAAUUAUGUAACUCAAAUGAAAUUCCAAUUAUACAAUUUUUAAAUGUUAUUGAUAUACAAAAAGAAGCAAUUAUUAUAAAUGGUAUAACAAGUAUUAAUAAUUAUAUUAAUUAUUUAAAUGUAUGGGUUCAAAAUGUUAAUGUUAGUAUAAAUUAUGUAACAAACUGUGGAUAUAAUUUUAAUUAUUUAUGUAACCUAAAUAAAGUGAAAAUCAAUAUUAAUGAUUUAAAUAAUGAUAUUGUUGAUGUUAAUAAUAGUAUACAUAAUAUUGAGAAGGAUGAUUUAUUUAAGUCAUUAAGUUAUCCAAAGGACAAUUCGAUCACUGUUGAAGGUAUUCAUAAGAAUAUGUCAGAUAAAGAAACAAGUUCAAUGCAAAACAACAAAGAAAAAUACAAUAACAACAUGAAAAAUGACAACAACAAUAUUAACAAUAAUAAUAAUAAUGAUGAUGGUGGUAAUUAUUGUGUUGGAGAUUAUUUAGAAUUUUUGGAAUACGACUUUAUUGACAAUCCAGAUGAAUUGAAAAGAAUUCCUUAUAGAUAUUCUAGCGAUUUCAAAUCAUUCCAUAUGUUUGAAUAUUUUAGAAAAAAUAAUAAUAACGUUAUAGUUGCUUUACAAAGAAUCUUUAUUUGCAUGCAGUUAUAUUCAUUAGUUCUUUGUGCAAAAAAAAAAAAAGAUCAUUUUGAAAAAUUUACAUCAGAUAUUAAUUUAAAUGAACUCUAUUAUAAUGAAAAGGAUAAUUUCCAUAAUAAUAUGAAUAAAUUUAAAGGGAAGAAUAAUAAAUAUAAUAAUCAAAAAAAUUAUGAUUGUGGUGUAAGAAAUUCUAAUUCAUCCUCCAUGUCAACAGCUGUUGAAACAUUAACAGCUAAUGGAAUUAAAGAACGUAAAGAUGAUGAUUUAAAUAAAUCAAGUUUAAGUAAAAAAAAAUGUCAUGAUAAAGAUAAUAAUGAUCAACCUCAUUAUGUUAGUACUAUUAGUUCAAAUAGUGAUGAUGAUAAUAAUAAUAAUAUGGAUGAUUAUUCUUAUGAAAGGAAAAGUAUUUUUGGAGAUUAUGAUAAUUAUGAUAAUUAUUAUGAUGAUGAUGAUAGUUAUUUGGAUAAUUUUUCUGAUACAGAUAGAAAAAAAAAUGAUCCUUCUUAUAAAUAUGACAUAGAAAAUAAUGAAGAAAUAAAAUUUUAUAAAGAUUUAGAAUUACGUAAAAAGAAUUGUUUGUAUUAUUAUAGAAAUGCCUUAUUCUAUAAUAGUUCAUCUAUGAUGCCAUGUGAAGAAAGCAAAAAUUUUAGUAUCCCAUUAAAAGGUAUAGAUAAUAAUGGUGUGAACCCUGAACAUUUUGAUAAUGGUACAGAAAAUAUGUGUUCUAUUUUAAAUAUGUUUAGUAAAAAUGAUAAUUAUAUGAAUUUAUUUAAACCAUUAAUUCCAAAUAUUAAGAUUUUAUUAUUUAGUUUAAAUAAAAUUUUAUUUAAUAAACAUAGAUGUAAUGAACCCAUUAGAAAAAUACAUGAAGAGUUGUUUAAAAGAAUUGUUUGUGAUGUAGCAAGGGAUAAAAUUAAAUUGAAUAGAAAAAUUAAGAAACUGAGGAAACAGAAUAAUAAAGGUGAUAUUAUUAAUGAUCUAAUUAAUGAUUUAAAGGAAUUACGUUUUUUUGAAAAAAUAUGUUAUGAGUUGUUUAAAUUAAAAAGUAAAAAUUAUAGUGAUGAUGAAGAUAGUAUUAAUAGGAUGGAAGAAAGUGAGUAUAGUGAAAAUUCUAAUGAUUUAAGUUAUGAUGAAUUUGAUUCUAAAAUAUCAAAAUAUCCAACAAAAGUAGGAAAUGAAGGGAAAAAAUCAAAAGAUAAUAGUAAUAAUAAUAAUAAUAAUAAUAAUAACAAUAGUAGUAGUAUGAUAGGUGGUGAUGAUAAUAGAGUGAAUAAAAAUGAAGAAGGUAACGAACCAAAUGAAAAUGGACCAAUUAAGGAAAGUAAGGAAAAGAAAUUAAAGGAUUGUAUUCAGAAGGAAGAUAUACGAAAUGAUGAAAAUGAAUCUUAUGAAUUUUAUAAUGAUCAAGGUACCGAUAAUUUAGAUGAUAUGAAUUCAGAUGAAUAUAUGAAUAAUAAUAAUAAUAAUAUAAAACGUUUAGAUGAUUCAUAUAAUAAAUUAAUGAAAAAUAAAAAUAUUAAUUCAUUAAUAUAUAAUUUAGUAAGUAAAUUAAAAAUGGAUUUUUAUAAAAAUUAUAUUAUAUGCGAUAAGGAUAUUUAUAAAACUAUUGGAAGAUUAUGUUUUAGUGAAAUACCAUAUGUAUUAUUUUUAUAUAUGGAUUGUUAUAAGAGUCUAGGAAGAGGUGAUUUGGUUGAUAUACCUUUAUAUUUAGAUGUUUUUGAAGAGAAUGAAGAAAUGGAAGAUGAUAGUAAAGGUGAGAAAAAUCUAGUAUAUUCUAUAAGAAGAAAUAAUAUGAGAAAUAAAGGAGAUGGUUCAUCUAAAGAAAAAAUUACUUAUCAUUUAUAUGCUCUAGUUAUAUCACAAAAUAGGAAUACAAAUAAUAAUUUAUUUAUUCCUAGUUACAAUAAAGUGAAUGAUAUGGAAUUUAAUAUAGGAAAUGAUUGUAAUUCGAAUUCUUCAUCUUAUUUAAUUUUAAAACCACAAAUAAAUGGACCAUGGUAUCAAAUAUAUAAAAAUAGAAUAACACAAUUAAAACAAGCUACAGACUUUAAUGAAUGGAAAUGUCAUAGAGAUUUUUAUUGUUCAUGUUGUAUAUAUGUUAGUGAUAAUUAUUUUGAAAUGCAGAACCAUUUCUUUUUGCAACAAUUUAAUAUUAAAGAUAUUAAUUUUCCUUUAUAUGUACAUACAUUAAAAGAAUUUGAAAUAGAGGAAGAAGAUAUUUUUGAAUUUGAUAGAAAAAAUAAGGAUCUUGAUAUUUAUUCAUCAUCUGUAAAUAAUGUUUUAGAAGAAAAUUAUGUUGAUGAAUUAAUAUAUGAGUUGAGAAAAAAUUCAUUAGAUAAAUCAGAAAAAAAAUUAAAUGAACAAAACGAAGAAAAGGACGUGAAUACUGUUCCUAAUACUAGUGAUGAUAAAAUUAUUUCAUAUAUUGAAGAAGAAAAAGAUAAUUCAUAUUUUAAGAGAGUUUUUGGAAAAAAUAAUUUUUAUAAACUAUAUGAUAUAAAUGAAAAAUAUAAUUCUAAAUAUUAUUUAAGUAGUAAAACCAGAAUGUUAAAUAAAAAAAAAAAAAAAUAUAAUAAUAGUAAUAAUAAUAAUAAUAAUAGUGGUAGUAGUAGUAGGACGAAAAAAAACCAUUUUCUUAUGAAUCAAAAACAAGGAACUUUUCCAUAUAUUAAAACUGAAAAGGAUAUAAUUUAUAAUUGUUUACAAGCUCAUCAUCGAUUAAUGAUAAAUGUUAAAGAGGAAUUAUUUGAUGAUAUAAUAAAAGUAAAUGAUAAUAACAAUAUAUGUUAUAAUUUUAAUAAUCAUUAUAAAUCAGCUGUGUGUAUUGUUUUAAAUAGUCAUAAUACAUUAAGAGAGAAGAGAAGACAUUUUUUUGAUUUAAAAAAUAUAAUUAAGAAUUAUGAAAAAUUUGAUAUGAACAAUUUAAAUCUAUAUAAUAGUAAUAUUAAAUUAAUGCAAUUUAGUGAUAACUUUUUAACAGGAUUAAUUAUAACCAAAAACAUGCCAUUAUUUCAUAGUAAUAUAACAUUAAAGAAUAUUAUUAAUGUAAGAAAUAAUUAUAUAAUCGAUAGUGGCAAUGAAAAGAAAGAGUUAGUUAAUAAUAUUAUAGAAGAUAAUAAUAAUAAUAAUAAUAAUGAUGAUGUAGAAGGAAAUAUAAAUAAGGUUUAUUCUAAGAAGGAAUUAAAGGGAGUAAUAAGUUCCAAUGAAACCAAUGAUACAAAUAAUACACAUCAUACAUAUCAUACAAAUGAAAUGAAAGAUGAAAAAGGUUUGAAUGAAAUAGAAAAUUAUGAACAAAUUGAUAAUAUUAACACACUAAAUACAAAUGACAAAAAACUAGAUGUGGUCGAUAAUCUAUCUGAAACCAAUGAUUUGAAUUUAAAAAGAAAAAAUGGUGAUAUAAAUAAAUGUAUGGAAAAAGUAAAUGGAUGUGGAAAAGGACGUUUAAAUGUUAUGAACAAUAAUAUUCAGAAAUAUAAAAAUAAAUACAAUACAAAGAAAGAAUGUCGAAAUGUGAAUCUACCAAAUUGUAAUACAAAUAAUAUUAUAAUAAAUAGAAAUGAUAUGAAUUAUGUAAAAUAUGUUAUACAACUUGGAAAUUUCUUAAAAGGCGUGAAUUUGAAUAACAAAUUUUUUUUUAAUAAGAAUGUAAAAGAUCCAUUAAGAGAUCCAUUUCAUUUAGAAAUCAAUAAUGUAUUUUAUAACUUUUUUGAAGUAAAAAUGAAUAUUAAUAAUAUUAAGAAGAAUUAUAUGAAUAAUAAAGAAAAGUGUGAAUUACAUAGUUAUUAUAUAAAGACUUGUUUAAAUACAUUUAAAAGUUUUUUCCAUGAAUAUUUCUAUUUAAGUUUUAUUAAUAAAAUGGAAAUAAGGAAAAAGAAAAAGAACGCUUUUAAAAAUUUUUGUAUUGCAUUAUCAGAUAUAUUUUUCACUAACUUAAGUUUUAAUUCAGAAGAAGAUGAUGAUAAUUUUGAACACUUACAAGGAGGUAUAGCAAUAUAUGAAUUUUAUGAAAAGAGAUUUAAAAAAUUAAAAUUAAUAUUAAAGAAAAUAUUUAUGUAUUUAAAUCUUAUAUGUAUGAUUAUAAAAUAUAUAAAAUUGAAAAAAUGGAUUUUUAAUGAAAGUUUUGAUAUGCAUACGUGCAAAAUGCAUGAUACCUUUUUUUUUAAUUUUUUAUAUUUUUUUUAUAAUAAAUAUUCCAAAAAUUGUAAAAAUAAUUAUAUAAAGAAAUUAUGUCAAAAAUCUGCAGUAAAAAAAAAACAAAUUAUAAAUGGCAUUAAAAAUAAUAUGAAUACAGUUAAAGAUGAAGAUUUUUAUUUCCUCGAAUUUUAUGAUAAGUUGUUUAUAAAACGUGAACCACUUAUGCAAGAACAUUUAUCAAAUAAACUUGAUAAAUUAUUAACAUAUUGUACAUGUAUCAUAUCAACGAAUGAAACACAAAUAAUAAAUCCAAAAAUAUACAAAAAAAAAAAAGCAAUAUUUUUUGAAAGAACACAACAUAAUAUUGAUUGUGUUUUUAGAUAUUUUUCUUCAUCAUUGCACGAUGAUAUUUUAUAUUUAAAUAAAAAAAGAAAUGAAUUUAAUGAAGGAAAAAAACUUAACGAACAAGAUAAAAUUACAUUAGAAAAAGAAGACCAAAUAUAUUCUAUACAUGGAAAUAAUAUGAAUAAUCAAGACCGUUUGUAUUUAUAUAUUGAAGAAAAUUUUAAUUCCAUAGAAGAAACUAAUCCCAAAAGAAUGGAAUAUUUUUUAUUAAAUUUAUUAAAAAAUAAUGAGAAAAAAAGAAAAACAUGCAUUUUAUGUUAUUGCGUGCGAAGAUAUUAUAUGAAAUUUUUAUAUAAGUUAGAAAAAAAAUUAACACAUGAUUUUAUUGAAAAACAAAUCAAUUUUAUAUUUGAUAAUAAUUAUGCAGAAAUCACCAAAUUAUAUAGCAGAACAAAACAUAAUAUAUUAGAUCCAAAUUGUAAUUGUUCUAGUUUAUUUAAUUAUAUAAAUAUUGAUACUGUAGAAGCAUGCAUAAUAUAUUUACUUCAAACCAUGUGGAAAUUUUAUAUUUGUUAUAUUUUAUCUAUACCAAAUGAAUUAGAACAAUAUUAUGAAAAUGUAGCUAAAAAACAUAAGAGGAAAAAAUAUAAAAAUUCAAAGGAUGAAAAGGGUUGGAAUUUUAUUAAAUUUUUAAAAGAAGAAAAAACAAAUAAUCUAAUUAAUAAAUAUAUAUCAUUUAAUGAAGAUAGUGAUGUGAUAUCUACUAAUGAUGAAGAAAAUAUAGACGUUACAGAUGAAUCAGAAUCUGAUGACGAUAAGAAAUAUUCAAAAAAAAAACAAAGCAAUUUGUUAUUAUCAAAUUUUGAUUUUAUAGAUAUGUCAUACAUAGAAAAAUUAACAUCAGGUAACUGUAGUUCACCUAAAAAUUUUAAGAUAAGUAGUAGUACUAAAGAAAGUAGCCAUAUGAAUAAUACAAACAAUAGUGAUAGUAAUAAUAAUAGUAGUAAUAAUAAUAGUAAUAGUAAUAAUAAUAAUAAUAAUACUACUACUACUAAUAAUAAUAAUAAUAAUAAUAAUAAUAAUAAUAAUAAUAAUCAUAAUUAUUUUUAUUAUUAUUGUGCAGAUGAAUUGAAUAUGAAAAAAGGGAAAAUUUUAGAUACAAACAAAAAUGUCGAAUCCAAUAGCGAAUCAAAUAAAAAUGAAAAUAUUGAAUCAAAUAUGCAAAGCAUCACACCAAAUCGAAAUGUCGAAGAAAAUAAAGAUAAUGAAAAAGAAUGUAAUAAUAAUGCAUAUUAUAAAAUUAAUUUAAAUAUUUUAAAAGAAGAUGACUUAUUUUAUAAAUACACAAAUGAACAUUUAGGAAAUGCAACUGCUGUAUUAAAUAUCUUACAAAAGAAAUUAGAAAAUGAAGAAUUAAAAAAACUAAUGAAAUUAUUUCAUUUUAGAGGUUUUACAGAAAAAUUACCAAUUGAAGAAUGUUCAAAGAAAAAAACUAUAAAGAAUAAAAAUGUUCAUAAAAAUAAAGAUAAUAUAAUAGUAGCAUCACUUAGAGAGAAGAAUAUAAAAAGUGAUUUAACAGAUGGUAAAAAAAAAAAAGAAGAUAAUGAAAAUAAUAAUAAGAAUAAGAAUAACAUAAUUCAUAAAAGUAUUAAUAGUAAUGUAUUAAAAGAUAAUAUUCACAAUAUUACACCGAAUGAUUUAAAAAAUAUUCUUUCUAAAGAUAAUUUAAGGAAUGAAAAUCCAUCAGAUAUUUUAGAAAAUAAUUUAGAAAGUGUAUUGAAUGGAACACAUGUAGAUCAGAAGUUUAUAUCGAAUUUUUAUGCUAAUUUAAAAAUAUUUAAAGAUUGUUUAGAUAAAAAUGAAUUAACAAAAAGUAAUAACACUAAAGAUAAUAAUAAUAUUAAUAUUAAUAAUAAUAAUAAUAUUAAUAUUAAUAAUAAUAAUAAUAUUAAUAAUAUUAAUAAUGUGGGGCAAGAAAAUGUAUUUGCUUCAACUAUUCAUAAAAUGAAUGAAACCAUGAAAAAAUAUAAUAUAAAUAAUAUAAAUGAAAUAAAAAGUAUAUUAAUAAGAAAUGGGUAUGAUAUACGUAAAUCUUAUAAUGGUAUAGAUUUAAUUUUCUUAUUUUUAUCCAAAAUAAAAGGUGCUAAUGUGAAUUUUAUAAAUGGAAAUAAUUUUGAAAGUAAUAAAAAUAUUUAUGAGAUUUUAUUAAGUAAUUUCAAAUUUUUAAAUUAUGAAAAGAUUGAAAAGGAAUAUUAUAGUUUAGAUUAUAUAUUAGGAAACUUUGAAUUUAUAGAUGAAAAUUAUAUAGAAGAGAGAUAUGCAACGUUUUUUGAAUAUAUGGAUGUUAUGUUUACAACACAAAAUAUGAUAGACGAUUCGGAUAUAAUAACACAAGAUAUAUUUAAUCCAUUUAUUGAUAUUAUGAAUAACUUAUUUUGUUAUGGUAUUGGAUUGAUAGAUAAUAAUAAUAAUAAUAAUAAAAUCAGUAGUAAUAAUAUCAACAGUAAUAACAACAAAAAUAAUAACAAAAAUAAUAACAAAAAUAAUAACAGCAAUAACAAAAACAAAAACAAUAACAACAAUAAUAACAACAAUAAUUACAACAAUAAUAACAAUAAUAAUAAUGUUAAUAAAGAAGUAAUAAAAUUGAAUAGUUUAUAUACCUUUUUAGAUAAUUUACACAAAUGUGUAGGUUCCUUAUUAAUUAUAGACAAAAAUUAUGAAUGCAAGAAAGAAUUAUUUUCAUUUAUACAAUAUAAUAGUUUCUUUUGGUAUAUAUUAUAUAAACAAUAUAAUAUGUUUUUAACAUAUUAUGAUAUGUGUAAUCAUUGUAAUUUCUUUAAUAUAUUCCUAUUUCAUUUUUUUAAUUAUACCUUUAAUUUCCCUAUGGAUAAUUUUUUCCAAAUAGAUAAUAAAUUAUCAUUUGAAAAAGAACAGAUUGUUAAUCAUUUAUUUACCAAGUUUCCAUUUUUAAAAGAAGAAGAAAAAUCUUUAUUUCAUGUUAUUAUGAGAUUUUUAUUACAAGAAAAAAAUCAUUUUUAUAAUUAUUAUUAUAGUAAUGAAUUAUCACUUUUUAUUUUCAAUGCUAUUAUGUCUUUGAAUAAUUUUUAUUUAAAUAUGAAGGAACCUAAUAUAUUUUCCAAGGAAUAUACUAAAUUGCAUGACUAUAAUUUUGCUUCAUACAUGAAUAAAGAAGAUGACAUAGAACAACACCCUUUGAUAAAUAAUAAGAGCAAAUGUAAUGAGACUAGUAAUAAUAUUUAUUGUGUUUGUAAAAAUAGUAAUAAUAAUGAAGAGGUUACAACAAAUCAUAAAAGUAGUGGUGGUGAUAGUCAUCAUUUUGAUAAUUUUAUAUUAAAUAAAGAAAAUAUUUUAGAUAUAUUAGAAAAUAAAAAUGAAAAAGAAUUAUAUGAAAUAGGAAAUGUAUUUAAUUUUCAUUUAAAAAAUGAAUCAAUAUAUUUUAAAAAAACAAUAAAUAUGUUAGAUUUUGUUAUGAAUGAUUAUAAAAAGGAGAAUUUUGUAAAUUAUAGUAACUCAGAUAUUAAUAAUAAAAUCUUUUAUGUAGCUUAUAAUUAUCCAAUAAUUAAUAUUAAUAAUAAAAAUAAUGAUUUGUUUAGUAUUUAUUUAAGAACAAUAUAUAAAUGUAAUGAAUAUUUUAGGAAUUUAAAUCAUGUAUUUUUUAUAUAUAGUAAUUAUUUCUAUAAUUUUCAUAAUUUAUUUUUAUUUUUUAAUAAGGAUAAUGAUUUAUUUAAUUCAUUAUUUAAAUUACGUUUCAAAAUCGAUCAAGCUAAACAAAUGGAUAAUUUCUAUUAUGAUGUAAAUGAUAAAAAUAAUAAUCAUAUGCAUAAAGAAUUUAUAGAAAUCGAAAAAAGAGAUGAAAACCAAAAUAAUAUAUUAAUUUCAAAUCCCAUUAAUAGUCAGAUGAAUUAUGAAUAUGCAAUACAUAAUAGUAAGAGUGAUAUAUUUUAUAUAUUUGAUGAUAUAGUAUAUGAUGUAACAGAGACGGUUGAUAUGGAUUAUUAUUUUAAAGGAGAUAUGGCAUAUGCUAAUUUUAUGAAGAAUAAAAUUAAUUGGGAUGAUUAUAAUAAGGAAGAUGAUUAUAUAUCAUAUGAUGAGAUAAAUACCAAUGAAGAGGAUCACAAAAAAAAAAGAAAAGAACAAAUUGAUAAUAAUAAUAAUAUUAAUAAUAAUAAUAAUAGUAAUAAUAAUAUGUUUUGUAAUAAUAAUUAUUAUAAUAAUAUUUAUAAUAAUGAUCAUUUGUAUUAUAAUAGAAAUGUUUUACAAUUUGAUGAUCAUAUGGAUGAAAUAAUACUUUCCGAAUUAAUAAACAAUAAAGAUGUUGAUAGAUUAAAUAGAGAUUCAUCUAAUUUAGGACAAUAUAAUAUGAAUAAUGUCAAAAAUAAAAAUAAUAAUAAAAGAAAAAAGAAUGAUAAAAAUGAAAAGACAGAUAAAAUAGAACAAUUUUUACAUGAAUCAGAAUUAGAAAAAGAUAUUAUGAAUAUAACAUUUAAUGAAAAAGAAUUUUUAGGAAAAGAUUUAUCAUUUAAUUUUUAUUUCCGUUCUAUAAUGUAUUAUAACAAAGAUAUAAUAGCUAGUAAUAAUUUGGAAUGUUUAAUGAAAGAUAAAAACUUUAUUGGAGGAAAUGUAGGGAAGAAAUAUUUUUUUAUAUCUUUAUUAUUUAAUAUAGACUAUUAUAAUGUAAGAGGUAUGAAUAUAGGAAAUAAAGUAAUAUCAAAUAGGACUAUGUUUAUAAAUAAAAUAUUGAGAGAUAAUAAAGGAAAGGUUUUAAAUUUAAAGGUAUUCCAUAUAUAUAAUAUUUUUUCAAAAAUUAUUGAAUUAUACUAUGAGAGGAAAAGAAAGGGUAAUAAUAUAAUGUCACUAAAAAAUAAUAAGGCAGCAUCAACAAAUGGGAACAACAAUAAUAAUAAUAAUAAUAAUAAUAAUAAUAGUAAUAGUAAUAAUAAUAAUAAUAAUAUGAGUGGUAAUAAUACAAACAAUCUGUUUGAUUAUAAAACAGAUGAAGAUUUUUAUUAUAAAGUAAAAAUGAACCCAUCUUAUUUCUUCUUAUUAUAUGCUAUAAAAAAAGAUUAUGAUAAACGAAAUAAAAAUAAAUUAAUAUUUAUGAAUGUAAAUUCUGAUUUAGAAGCUUAUAUUGAAGAUAAAAAAGAUAAUAAUUUAUAUAAUAGAUUCGAUUUGAAUAUAUUAUUAGUACCUGUUUCUUCUCAAAUAGUUUUAAGUAAAUUUAAUGGAAAUUUAAAUAUGUUUAAUGAUAAUGAUUAUCCAUUAAUUACAUUUAAAUAUUUAACAAGUACAUAUGAACUUAUAUGUAUAGGAAUUAUUUUAUGUUCAUCAAAAUUAUUAUUACAAGAUUAUAUUUUGAAUUGGUUUUUUCCAAAAUUAAAAGAAAGAAGAUUAAUAAAAGAAGAUAUAGAUUUAAAAAUAGAUGAUAUUUAUGUAUAUGAAGAAUCAGAAUUAUAUUGUUUAGAAAAAAUACGUAAAGUUUCUUGUAAUAUAAAAAAAUUAUUAAAAAAAUAUAGUAAUACUAUAGUAAUUCAAUUAAAAAAAAAUAAUAUGAAUAAUAGUAGUCAUAUAGAUAAAAUCAAUUUAAAAUGUAUAGAAUAUAGUAAAUUAAGUAAAAACAAUUUCUGUUCAAAAUGUAGAAAUAAUUAUAUAUGUAUAUGUGAUAAAAUCAAGAGAGAACAAUUAAGAAAAAAAGUCAGCCUCAUCAAACAAGAAGAGCAAUUAUAUAGAUAUUUCAAAAUAUACAACAAUAAUAUGAAUAUCAACAAUAAUAAUAAUAAUAAUAGUAAUAGUAAUAGUGAUUUAUUAAAUAUAAUACCUGAUGAUAAAGAAGCCAAAAAAAUCCUAGUACUUAUGGAAAAAAUGAAAGAUCUAAAAAAAGCUCAAAAUAUCAAAGUACAAGAAAAAAAAAUUAAUAAAAAUAUAAAUACAACUAAUACACAAAAUAUAGAAAAUGAUAUAAAUAAAAAAGUAGAAUCAAAAAAAGAUAAAGAAAAACUUCUAUUUAAUAUAUAUGAAACUCCAAAUUUUCUACAAGAAUUAGAAGCAAUUGAAAAUUCAUGUCGUUCAUCUAAUAGUUCCAUGUUAUCUUUAUCGAGUGAUAAUAUCUCAAGUUAUUCAUCAGAUGAUAAUUUAUUUGUUGAUGAAAUUGAUAGUGGAACAUAUACAUUUAAUAAUAUUGUAAUACCUAAUAUGGUCACUGUUAAAGAUGAGGAAAAUGAAACACAAGAAAAAACGAAUUCAUCAGACUUAAAAAAAAGUCAAAAAGUAAGUAUUAUUAAAAAAGGUGAUGAUAUAAAAAAUGAUAUGGAAGAAAUUAUGUUAAAAGAAUUCCAUAAACUUAGUAGACAACGAAUAUCAAAUAUUUAUAAUUUACAACAAUCUGUUCAAUUGUCACAAGAAAAUGUGAAUAAUAAUAAUUUGGUGCUUAAUUUUAUAAAAGCCCAGGAAAAUAUGAAAAAUAAAAAUAUGUUAAAAGAUGCAAAAAAAGAUUCCAAGAAAAUAACUGUCGAUGUAUUAAAGGACAAAAAAGAAAAGAAAAAUAACAAAGAAAAAGAAGAACAUAAGCCAAAGGAUGAUAAAAAAAUUAAAGAUAAUAAAAAGGAAAAAGAAGACAACAAAUUAGAUAAUCACAACAUUGAAAAGACAAAAAAUGAUAAAGAAGAACCUAUCCAAAUUUAUGAAAAUACAAAACAGAGUAAUCUAAAAAUUAUUUCAUUAACUAAAUCACAAACAUCUCUUACUGAUAAAACAAAAACAAAUGUAGAUGAUGAAAAACAAAUUGUCGUUAAUAAUAUUCAACCAAAAAUAGAAAACAAAAAAACAGAACCUGCUGUUGAUGUAAAAGGAAAAGAAGAAAAGUCAAAAUUGUCAUCAAAGGAUAAGAGUGUAGUAGUACCUGAGAUAAAAAAAGAAGUAAUUAAUAAUUCGGUUAUUAUGAACAAUGAUGGAUUAAGUAAUGACAAUAAGAAUAAGGAGAAUAAGACUAAAUCUUCUGAAAAGAGUAAGGCGAAGGAUAAGUCGACCGAAUCUUGUAGCAACAAUAAUAAGGAUAACAAUAAUAAUAAUAAUAAUAAUAAUAAUAACAACAAUAAUAACAACAAUAAUAAUAACAAUAAUAAUAAUAAUAAUAAUAAUAACCUUAGUAAUACUAAGGAGGAAAAUCCUAAUGAUAGUGACAGCGAUAAAGAGAAAAAGAAGAAAAAUAAAAAAAAAGACAACAAAAAUGUAAAUGAAGAUAGUGACGAUAAUAACAAAAAUAAGAAGAAACUAAACAACAAUAUUAAAAACUCUGAUGAUAUUAUAAAUAAUUAUUUUUCUAAAAAUGUUAUUGAAUAUAUUGAAAAAAAUGAUAAACUAGAAAAUAUAGCAACAUAUAUAUAUAACGAAUUAAUAGAAAUAACCAAAAAGAAAAUUAAAAAAAAUGUUAUACGUUUAGAUAAUUUAUCAGCAGAUAAUUAUUUAACUAUAGGAGAAGAAUUCUUAAAUGUUAUGAAAGAAAUAUUAUUAAAAAUAUAUUAUAAAUAUAAUGAAGAUGAUUACAGAAAGCAUUAUUUAAGGAUGAAUAAUAAUAAUAAUAAUAAUGAUGAUGAUGAUGAAAAUGAUAAUCAUAAUAAUAAUAAUAAUAAUAAUAAUAAUAAUAAUAGUAAUAAUAAAAUAUCUGUAAAAAAUAAAUCAGAAACAGGCACUUCAAACAAAAAUGUAGAUAGUAAUAAUUAUCUAGAUGGAAGAUUAGAAAAUGAAUAUAAAGAUGAAGAAACAUAUAUGAAUAAAUUAAAUUUAUGUGAUGAUGAACAUGUAAUAAAAUUUUUAAAUAUUGUAAAAAGAAAACUUAUAUAUAAAAUAUUAUUCCCAGAUAUUCAAAUUGAUACUAAAAGUAAAGGAAGAAAUAAAAAGAACGUGAAAAAGAAAAAACAAGUAGAUAUAAAAUAUGUAUAUGAUAUAUUUAAGAGGGAAUAUAUUUUUUAUGAUAAAGUAUUAAUUAUGAUUCAACAUAUAUUAGAUAUAAAUAUAAGAACAAAUAUAUUUUUAUUUGUAUAUUUAUUUGCUGGUAAAUUUAUAUCAUUUGUUGAUUUUGAUUAUAUAUUAAAUAAUACAAUUUUUUAUAAUGAUUAUGUAUAUUAUAAUAAGGUUGCUUUUGAAGAUACUUUUUUUCAAGAACAACAAUCAUUAGAAGAAUGUAAUAAUAAAAAAUAUUAUAAUAUGAAUGGUUCUAUAAAUAAUAUAUUAACUGAUACAAAAAAUAUUCCUUCUCCGCCUUAUAAUAAUAGUGGAAAAGGAGAUAUAAAAGUUUUACGUACAUCUUCUGAACAGUUACUAAAUAGUUUAAACAAUGAAGGAAGUAAUAACAAAUUGAAAGAUGAUGAUGUGAUGAUUAUUGAAGAGAAUAAUAUGAAUGAAGAUAUUGAAAAGAAAAAGAAAAAGAAAAGUAUAGAAGAAGAAGGUUCUGGUGAUGAUGUUUUAAUAAAUAUAAAUAUAAGCAAAAUAAUAUAUAUAUUAAUUUUAAUUAGUAAUAAAAGAAUAAUGAAAGAAUUAAUUGAAGAAAAAUAUCGUGAAGAAAUAAAUGAAUAUUAUUAUUUUGAAAUGAAUAAAAAAUAUUAUGAUAUUUUAUGUAAUGAAUAUAAUAAGAUAUUAAAUGAAAAUUAUGCUAAAGAUUUAAGUGAAAAUUAUGUAAAAGAUGAAUUAUUUUUUGAAAGUUUAAAUGUUAAAGAAUUAUUAAAUAAUAAAGAAUAUAUAUCUACAAUAACAGAUACAAAUAAAUAUAUAAAAGAUGAAAAUAAAAAAUUAAACAAAACAUAUUUAGAUGAUAAUGAAUUUAUUAUAAGUGAAAAUGAAUUUCUGAAUGAAAAAAAUAUAAAUAAAUAUAUUAAUAUACAUAAUAUUAUUAAAUUCAAAUUAAAUUUUAAAAUAGCUAUCAAAAAAAUUAAUAUAUUACAAGAUAAAAUAUUUAUUAAUAAUAAUGAUAAUAUAACAUCAGGUACUUCAUUUUAUUCUUUAAUAUUUAAAUAUAAUAGUAAUCUAAUUAAUACUCUACAUACAGAUGUUAUGAAAACAACACAGAAUAAUAAUAUGUCAAUUCCUUAUAUUACUAAUUAUAAUAAUUAUUUACAAGUUAGUAAAAAAGAUAUAGAUAAACUGAAAGGAAUUUAUAAUAAAUAUGUUCUAUUAAAUCAUAACAAACCAAAUAAUAUAUUGAAAGAUAUGUAUAUAUUAAACUCAGAAAUUAAUACACUCUUAGAAAUUAUAUACAACGAUAUUAAUUAUAAUAAUAUGAUGAAUAGUACUUAUAAUAAUAUGUUAGGUGAUGCAAAUAUGUCUAUACAAACUGGAGGAUAUCUAAGAGCAGGUAGUAAUAAUUUAAAUAAUAAUAACAUGAAUAAUCAAGGAAAUAAUAUAAGUGUGAAACGGGUUUUAACAAAUAAUCUUAAUAUGAAUAAUAUGAAUAAUAUGAAUAAUAUAAAUAAUAUAAAUAAUAUUAAUAAUAAUAAUAAUAUAUAUAUAAACGAAGGUGGUACCAUAAAUAUUAAAGAUUUAAAAUUAAAUCUAUCAAAAGUAAUUGGAACUAAUUCAGAUAUUCAAAAUGAAUUAAAUAAUAAUACUAUUAAUGAUAAAAAAAGUAUAUUAAAAAAUUCAGGAACGUAUUCAUCUAUAUAUGAUAAUAAUACACCUACAAGUGCUAAUAAAAAUAAUAAUAAUUUAAAAACAAGUAUAGCAUUAAAUUCACCCACUUCAAAUAGAAAUAAAAAAAGUGUUACAACUUUAGAUUCAAAAUUAACAUUAUCAGCAUCAUAUAAUUCAAAUGAAAUAAAUAAUAUGAAUGAAGAUUCUAAAUUAAGAAGAUUAAGUGAUCAACCUUUAAGUGGAAAAAGUUCAAAGGUUGUAUCUCCCACAGGAAAUAACAAUAAUAAUAAUAAUAAUAGUACUAUGACAAAUAAUAUGAUUAAUAAUACAAAUAAUAUUAUUAAUAAUAAUGGUAGUACUACUGCUACUAACAAAUAUAUUAAAAAGAGCAAAUUCAAAAGAGUAUAUAAUAAAGAUAUUCCAUAUAUAUGUAAUGAAGGAAAAACUUGGAUGGUUAUUUAUAAACCUGCAUAUUAUCAUUGUUCAGCUUAUACUUCUCAUAAUAGAUAUAAUUUCUUAGUAAAUAUUAAUAAAUAUAGUGAUUAUUUUUAUAAUAUUCUAGAAAAGAUAUGUAUGAAAUGUAAAAUAAAAACAAAAUUUAUGUGUAUUCCUUGUAAAGAUAUGGAAAAUAUUUGUAGUAAGUGUGAAAAUAUUGUCUCAAAAUUUUGUAAGAAAUGUAAUCUUUUAAUAAAAAAAAAUAGAGAUGUAUUAAAGAUUAUUAAUAGUAUAUCUUUAAAUGAUGUAGUAUUUAGUGGUCGAGUUGAAUCAUUUCAUUUAUUCAUGAUGAAAUCAUUUCCUCAUUUAGAAACUGUAAAAAAAUGGCAUAAAUUAGAAUGUGGUCUAUGUCAUAGAAUCGAUCUAGAAACAUCAGGAAGUUUAAUAAUAGCUAAAACUAAAGAAGCUAGAGAAUUUUUAUUUGAUCAAUUUCGUAAAAGAAAUGUAUAUAAAGAAUAUAUUUUAUUAUGUCAUGGUAGGAUUAAAAAGAAAAAAGGAUUUAUUAAUAAGUCGAUACAAACUCAUGAAUAUAAUAAUUUUCAUAGUAAGAGCCAUUUUAGUUUAGUUGUGAAAACAGGAGGUACAGAUGCAUAUACUGAAUAUAAUUGUGUUAAGGUUUAUAAAUUAAAAAGAAAAAUUGAAGAUAUUAUUCAAGAAGUACAAGAUGGGAAAUAUAAUUGUAAUAGUACUGUUAAAAAAGAUAUUAAUAAAGAAAUAUAUUGUAAUGAUUAUUAUAAAUUUUUAAAUAAUAACAAGAAAAAUGUAAAUAUAAUACAACGUUAUGUAAUAAUAACAACUAAUAUUUUAUCAAACCAUGAUAAUAUAUGCUCAAAAAAUGAUUCUUCAAAAAAUUGUAUGACACAACAAGCAGAUUAUUCUUCAUUUGUUCAAAGAAAAAAUUCUCAUAUUAUAACAAACUAUUUUUCAGAUUCACAAAUAUUAGAAGAUAAGAAAAAAAUUAAAAAAAAAAUAAGUACUCAUAAUAAUAAAACAUUAAAUAUAAAAGGAAUUCCUCAUAUCUUGCAUGACGAUACACAUUAUAAUAUAAAUGGUAAUAUUACUUGGAGAGGUAGUUAUAUAAACAAAAAUGAUUUUACAAAUAGUAUUAUUAUUAAUAAUAAUAAUAAUAUGAAUAAUAAUGGUUUGAAUAUAUAUACUUCUGGAGCACCAUCUAUUAAAAAAGAUGUUUGUCAUCAUUUAUGCUUUAGAUGUAAUUCUAUAUCAGAGGAUUAUUUCUUAACAGAUCCAAAAGAAAUUGAGAGUUAUACAAAAGAAUUUACCUUAUGUAAUGUAAAAAUACAUACAGGUAGAACACAUCAAAUUAGGGUUCAUAUGAGACAUAUUGGUCAUCCAUUAGUUUCUGACAAAAAAUAUUUGAAUCCAUCUUUAAGUAAUUUAGAUAAAUUUUGGUGUUUCCGUAUGUUUCUUCAUUCACUUAUAUUAGAAUUUAAUAAUCCAGAUUAUUAUUUCUUUAAUUUAAAUGAUGAUAUGAAAAAAAAAAAAAAAAUAUAUUCAAAUAAUUUAUAUAGAAUACCUGAUAGAACAGUUAAGGCAAUAUGUCCAUUAGCUGGUGAUUUACAAACAGUUCUUGAUAAUGAAUUAGAGGUAUCUGAAAGUUUAGAAGAUGAAAAUAGUUAUAUAAAUAGAAUACUUAAAAUGAAUAUUAAUGACAAAAGAAAUGAAGCUAUGAAAAAUGCAAGGCCAAUUAUUGAAGAUGAUAAAUUUACAAAACAUGCAAGUAUGGAUAGUAGUAAGAUCAUACAUUCAGCUCGUGAAGAAACUAAUGAUAAAGAAAAAAUAUCAACACAAUUUAAAGAUCUAGAAGUAGGAAAGAAAUUAACUACAAAGGAAGAAAUAUUACAUUCAAAGAAAAAUGACGUUAUUCAACAUGCAUAUGAAGAAGAAGAUGAUGAUGAAGAAGAAGAAGAAGAUGAUGAAGAAGAGGAAGACGAUGAAGAAGAAGAGGAAGAUGAUGAAGAUGUAGAAAAUAAUUAUGUUGAUGAUGAUCAAUAUGAAGAUAAUUAUGAUGAUGAGGAGGAGGAAUAUGAUCAUGAUUAUGAUGAUGAUGAAUAUGCUGAUAUUUAUGAUGAACAUAUAAAUGAACAACAACAACAACAACGACAACAACAACAACGACAACUACAAGAUGAAGUAGAUGAUGAUGAUAAAAGAAAUAAUAUGAAUAUUAAUGAUUAUUAUGAUUAUGAAGAAAAAAACGAAGAAGAAGGAGAAGGGAAUAUAAAUACAAAUAUAAAGAAAAAUAAAAAAUCCACACAAAAUAAUAUUAACCCUGUUGAAGAAAAAGUAAAAUCUAUAGAUAUAAAUAGAGAAGAAGAUUUUCCAGAUUUAUUAUCAAAUAAUAAAAAGAAAAGUAACAAAGAUAAAAUGAAUGCUUCAAAAAAUAAAAAUAAGAAUAAAGAAGAGGUUUUAAAAAAAAAUGAAAAUAAUAUAAAUGAUGAAAUGAAAAAAAAAAGUUCUAAUAUUAUUAUUACAAAAAAUAAUAAAGAACAAAAUGAACAUAUAGAAAAUAAGACUUUAUUAAAUGGUUCUUUAGAUGAAUAUAAUAAUUUUAAACAAAAUGAUUUAUUAUCAAAAGAAAGUGUAAACAUAAAUAAUGAUAAACAUAUUGAAAAGAUAAAAAUAAAUGAUACUACUACUAUUACUACUACUGUAGAAAUGCCUAAUGAUGAACAAAUGACAAAUAUAUUAUUAAAAAAAACAACAAAUAAAAUUUUACGUAAAUUAAAUUAUGAUGAUUUCUUUACAACUAAAAAGAAAAAGGAUAUGAAUAAAAAAAAAGAUGUAAAUGGAGAUAUAAAUGGAGAUAUAAAUGGAGAUGUAAAUGGUGAUAUAAAAGGAAAUGUAAAAGAAGAUGUAAAUGGAGAUAUAAAUGGAGAUAUAAAUGGAGAUAUAAAAGAAGAUAUAAUAGAAGAUAUAAAAGAAACACAAGAUGAAGAAGAUAAUUAUCUUGAUUUAAUAGAUACUGAAAUAAAAAAAAGAUUAAGAACCAAUUUCAAUUUAUUAAUAAGAGAAGCAAAAUUUGUUAUUAAUAAUAUUAUAAGGAAUAGUUUUGUUUUCAAAAUUUUAUUUUAUUUAUUUAAAUUAAAAAGAACAUUAUUAUAUUUAUUAAAAUGUUUUGGCAUAGAACAAAUUAAAAAAGAAAAAAAAGUAUAUGUUGAAAUGAAUAUAUUAGAUGAAUUUGUAAACAAUAUGAAUGAAAAUAAAGAAAAAAUACCUAUAGAUUUUUUAUAUGAAUUAAUACAUAGUAUAACAUAUUUUUAUAAAAAUAUGCAUGUAAAAAAAACCAGAAAAAACAAAGAAAUUAUUAUAUAUACAUUAAAAAAACAUUUAAAAAAUAUUAAAAGUAAUUCAAAUAUUUCAAGAACAAAAAAAAGUUUGAUUUUUCAACGAUUUUAUAAUAUUUUAUUUAAUUUGAAUUAUGCUUUAAAUAAAUAUGGUCUAAAGACAAAUGAAAAUUUAAAAAAUCAAAUAAUGAAGAAAAGUAAAAAUGUAUAUUUAAAAAUUACAAAUGUUUUUACUAUUAUAAUGAACAUAUUAAAUUCGAAAGUUUAUAUGAAAGAUAUACAUAUUAAAAAUAUUGUGGAAAAUAAAACUGUGUUUUCUUUAAAUACUAUAGAACAGUUUUUAUUACUACACAAAAUAAAUAAUGAUAAGGAGAAGAAGAAACAAAUGAAUGUAUAUAACUCGGAAGGAUAUGAUAAAGAAAAUGAAGAAAAAAAACAAGAUGAAGAAAAAAAAGGAGAAGAAAAAAAAGGAGAAGAAGAAAAAGAAGAAGAAGAAGAAGAAUGUAAUUAUUUAAUUGAACAAAUUAAUAAAAUAUUUUUUAAGGUAGAUAAAAAUAAUGAACAUAUGUUAAAUGGAGUACUCUUUGAAAAUGAUGAUGAUGAUGAUUAUUUGGAUGAAGAAGGAAAAGUUUAUAAGAAAAAAAUGAAAAGUAAAAAAUCAUUAAAUGGUAAGAAAUAUGAAAAGGAUAAUGAUGAUGAUGAAGAUGAUGAAGAUGACGAUGAUGAAGAUGAUGACGACGAUGAUGAUGAUGAUGAAGAUGACGAUGAUGAUGACGAUGACGACGAUGAUGACGAUGAAGAUUAUGAUGAUAAACAUGUAGAGAAUAAAAAGAAUGAACGUUCAAAUAUUAUAAUGUCUAAAGAAAAUAUGAACAAAUUAAAUAUUCAACAUAAAAAUAUAAAUAAUCGUAGUAGUAGUAGUAAUAUUGUAGAUAUGAAGAAAAGAGUAUAUGAAAAGGAUUGUAUGAAAGAAAAGGAAUAUCGUACGCAUGAUCUGUUAACAAACGAUUCUAUUAAUUAUAAGAAUAACGAACUAUAUGAUAAAGAAAAAUAUCGUAGAAAUCAAGAAAAUCCUAAUUUUAUGUCAUCUAAUUAUAUGGAUAAAAAUAUAAAUCUCCAUCAUGAACAUGAUUAUAUGAAGAAAAAGAAUUAUAGUAAUAGCAUAUUUAAUAAUAAUAGUAGUAAUAAAGUAUCUAUAGAUGAAGAGAAGAGAAAAAAUUUAGAUGGAAAUACCUAUGCUUAUCCUAUGUAUGAAAAUGUAAAAGAAAUGGAAAAAAUUAAAUUACAACAAAAUUUUAAAGAAAAUAACAAUAAUAAUAAUAAUAAUAAUAAAAAUGAUACUAUGAAUAACCAUUCGGUGUAUGAUUAUAAUAUGAAUAAUUCAAAUUAUGGUAGUAAAAUGGGAAGUAGUAAUAUAAAUGAUUCGACAAAUUAUUACAAUAUGAGAGAAAAGAAUAUAUAUAAUAUGUUAUAUAAUAAUGAUAAUAAUAAUAAUUAUGUUUUAUUUAAUAAUAAGAUUAGUAAUUCAAUAUUGAGUAAUAUGAUAAUGAAUAAACAAGACAACAACAACAACAAUAAUAAUAACAAUAACAAUAAUAAUAAUAAUAUAAAUAUGAGUCAACAACAUAAUAAUAUGAAUGAAGGAGGAAACGAAACUUUAUAUAGCAGCUUUACUAAAGAAAUUGAAAAAUUAAAAAAGGAAGUUAAGAAAUGUGAAGAGAAUUAUGAUAAAGAAAUGUUAGAAAUUCAGAAUACAAAGAAAGAAAUAAAUUAUUUAAGAGAAAAUAAUAAAAAUGAUGAAUUAAAUAAUAUUUUUUCAGAAUUAAAUUUAGAGAAUAUAUCAAAAUAUUUAUUAAGUGCAUAUGAGAAAUAUGGUUUGAAUGUAUUUAUAAAAGUUUUAGUUUAUAAAAAUGAUUUAGGACAUAUAAAUGAUCAUAAUAAAAAACAGGAUGAUAUUAAUAUGGAAUUUUUUAUUAAUAUAUCAGUUGAUAAAAUAUUUGAUUAUUUAUUAUUAAAAAAAAAUAUUAUUACAAUUGUUAAUAUUAAAAAAUUAAAAGAAAAAUUUAUACAAGGUCAAAAAGUAUAUGAAUUAGUAAAAAAUGAAACACAUAAAAUGAUUAUAGAAAAUAUCAAAGAAUAUAAUUUUAUUUUUAUAUUAUGGAAACAUAAUAAUAUGAAUGAUUUAUAUGAAAGGAAACAAGUUAUAUUUAAUUUCUUAAUAAAAAUUAUUGAUAAAAUUAUACCCAAAUAUAUUAUUAAUGAAUAUAUUAUAAUACGUAAAAAUGAAAUAUAUGAAAUUAUGAUAAAUUCUUUAAAUAAAAAAAAUAAAGAUAUUUCCUCCUCAAUAUAUUUAGAAAAAGAAAAUAAUUUUAAUAAUUUAUAUAAAAAAAUUAAAGAUGAAAAAAGGGUAGUAGAUAAUUAUUCUGUUGAAAUACAUGCAGACAAAAAUAUCACAAACACAACAUAUAUCUCACAACGAGAAGAUAAUAACACUACUGCAAAUAAUAAAAGAAAUUGUAGUAAUAGUAAUCAUAUCAUGAGCAUCAACCAUAAUAAUAAUAACAAUAAUAAUAGUAAUAAUAAUAAUAGUAAUAAUAAUAAUAAUAAUAAUAAUUAUGCUGUGAAUCAUAAUUCUCAUUCUACUAGUUUCUAUUAUGUACAUAAUGAAAAAAAAAAUAAUAUAAAUACAGAUAAUCAAAAAGAAAUAAAGGAUGAUAAUGUUCACAUGAAAUUUCAGUCACUUCCAGAAAAUAUAAGGAUAGGUGUUUUUAAAAAUGAUGUAAAUAAAUUUUAUGAAAUAUAUAAAAUGAUGAACACAGGAAAUAAUUUAAAUACUUUGAUGUAUAGAAAUUCUGGGAUUAUCAAAAAUAAAGUAAACAACGAAUCUUAUUCGAAUAACUAUAAGAGAAAUACUUUUUGUGCGAAUGAUAUAAAUUUUGCCUCAUCCACACAACAAGCAUUUCUAAACAAAAAUAUUAUAAAUAGUAUGAAUAAUAAUAAUAUGGUGAGCAACAAUAUGAUGAACAAUAAUAUGGUGAGCAACAAUAUUAUGAACAACAAUAUGAUGAACAACAAUAUGAUGAACAAUAAUAUGAUGAACCACAAUAUGAUGAACAACAAAAUUAAUAGUAGCAAUGUUCAUAUAGAUACAGACAAAACAAGAAGCAUGCAGAAUUUACAAGAAAAAGAUCAAUUUUUAAAUCUUCAAAAAAAUGUCUCCCAUAUUUAUUUAAGAAAUACAAAAGAUUCUAAAAACAGUGAUGUAUUUGCAUUUAAGAAUAAUGGUAGAUCCACAUCACAACAUAUAACAUUAAAUGAAGGAAAAGAAAAUAUUAUUGAUAUGAAAAAGAAAAUUGAACGAGAAGAAGAUAAAAACAAAAAAAUAAAUAACAAUAAUAUGAAGGAUGAGGAACUAAUAAAAUCGGAUAUAAAUAUUAUUACAAAUGAUUAUGAAGAAAAAGAAAAAAGAUCUUCUUCACAAAAUAAAAUCAACUAUUUUGAUAAUAUUAUUAACAAUUCUUAUAUUAAUAAUAAAAUGAAUAAUUUAAUGAUGGAAAAAAAAGAAGAAUUAAAUAAUGAUAUGAUAAAUGUAUUCACUGAUAAAAGAGAAAUAAAUAUACAAACAGAAAAAGUUACAGAACAAUCUAUACAACUACCAUAUGAAGUAAAAGAAACAAAAAAUAGCAAAGGUAUUAAUAUGUAUUAUGAUAAUGAUAAGGAUAUAAAUAAUAAUAUUAGAAGUGCAAGUGGAAAUAAUAGACAUAAUCAUAUAGAAAGAGAUAAAAAUAAUACAAAUAAUAUAAAUAAUAAUAUCCAAACAAAUAAUAAAACAUCAAAUAAUUUUGUUAGAAGUUUUAAAAAUACCAUUUCUGAAAUGUUUUAUAAAAAAAAAUUAAAUAAAAAUAUAGAAAUGAAAGAUGAAGCUAAUCAAAAUAAUGAUACGAUCACAUAUAAUAAUUUAGAAGAUAUAUCAAAGACAGUUAAUGAAUAUAAUGAAAAUAAAAAUUAUAAUCAGAACAUUAUUAAUAAUAAUACUUUGAAAUCUAAUCAGAUUGAUAAUGAAGAAAACAAAAAAAUGGAAAUAUCACAUAAUAAUAAUAAUAAUAAGAGUGAACGUAAAGAUUUGUUGAAUAAUCCUAUGAGUAUAAAUUUACAAAAUUCGAAACGACCUCAUGAUUUUCUAAUCAAUAAUAAUAUUUCCUUACCAAAUUUUAUGGAUGAAAAUACAUGUUCGAAUUUAAAAGAAAAACAAUAUGAAAACUUUGAGAAGAACAAAUUGGAUAUUACUAAUCCAAAUAUGAUGAUGUUUAAUAUGAUGUCUGGUAAUAAUAUAGAUGGUAUUAUUCCUAAUUAUAUUGAAGAAAAACAUAAUAAAAAUAUAAACAAUAAAAAUAUAAACAAUAAAAAUAUAAACAAUAAAAAUAUGAAUAAUAAAAAUAGUGUUAGUCUAAGUAAUAGUAUUAUAAAUAAGGCAAGUAUAAAUAAUAGUCGAAUGCAUACAAACAGUAUAAAUAAUAAUAGCAAUAGUUGUGUUCCUAAUAUAAAAUAUCCGAAUUUUUUUAUUAAUAAAAAUAAUAUUCCAUAUACAAAUGAAAAUAAUAAAAGUUUAAGUGAAUCAAACCUAAUGAAUUUAGUAUGUGAAUUAAAUAAUAUAGAAAAAGGAGAAACUAAUGUAUCUAUGGAAAAUAAUUUGAAUAAUAAUAAACGUAGUGUCUUAUCACAAAGGAAUAUAUUAAAUAUGGAUAAUAUAAAAGGCAACGAGCAAAAUAUGAGAAAUGAUCUUCAGCAUAAUAUAAAUAAUAAUAUAUAUCUUUCAAAUAAUUUAAGUGACAAUAAAGUAAUAAAUCAAAUGUUUUUAAAAAAAUAUUACAAUUCAAAUUUUGCACAUUAUGAUAAGGACGCAAAUGAAGAAAAAAAUAAAUUGCCAACCCUUCCACGUAAUGACACAAUGAACAGUAACAAUAAUAAUAAUAAUAAUAAUAAUAGUAGUAGUAGUAAUAAUAUUCAUAUGUUUUAUAAUUUUAAUGGUAAUACAGCAUCCGAUAUUAAUAAUUCUUUUGGUCACCAAAAAAAAAUUAUGAGCAGCAGUAUUAUUAUGAAUAACAAAGAUAACAAUAAUUUACAUUUUUUAAAUAACACAUAUGAUAUAAACGGGACACAUACUACUAGUAAUAUAAUAAAUAACAAUAUGAAUAGAAAUAAUAGUAAUAGUGUGAAUUCAAAUUAUUUAAAUAAAACAUUUAGUACUAUGGACCUUAGAAAAAAUAUGAAUGAAUAUGAAGAGAAACAAAAAAUUCUUAUCAAUCGAAUAAAACAACAAAAUGAUAUAGAACAAAAUAUAUACAACCUUAAUAAUAGAAUGAAUGACAAUAAAAAACAAAAUCUAAAUAAUACAAAUGCUAAUACAAAAAAUAGUAGUAAUAUAAGAAGUAGUAGCAAUAUAAGAAGUAGUAGUAAUAUAAGUACAAAUAAUAAUAUAUUAUAUCAAUUAAUAGAUGACAACAUUUUAAAAAAUACAUUAUCAAAUAAUACAACAUUUAAUGAAAUAAAAAAUAACACUCAAAAAAAUAAUAUGGAUUUCGGUUUAAAUCAAUUAUCUAUGUACAUGCAAAAUAAUGUUACUUCAAAUAUUAAAAAUAAUAAUAUGACAAAUGAAACACAUAAUAAUAAUGACAACAUGAAGAGUAACAAUAAUAAUAAUAAUAACAACAACAAUAAUAAUAACAACAAUAAUAAUAAUAAUAAUAAUAAUAGUGGAUAUCCAUUAAAUUAUCUUAUUUUUCAACAAAAUAAAAACCAUUUAGAUACAAAUAAUAACAACAAUAAUAAUAAUAAUAAUAAUAAUAGUAAUAAUAAUAUAUAUACAAAAUAA